AUGGCUGGAACUCCUACCUGUAGAAAGACGCUCGCAAAUUAUGUGAUUAGCGAUUUGCGCAACCGGAGGAUUGAUUUCGUACUCGUCAACAUGCUGUUCGCGAAAGACUCACCAAGGUUCUGUAGGACGGCGCCAAAGCGCUUCUGGUACCAUUACCCCGACUUGGGGUCUCCAAAAAAGGUCAUUAUACGAUCCAACCACAGCAGCUUUGGCGAUAGACUGGCAUGCCUCGCUGAGCAGAAACUGGUACGCCUGCGGCUCUUCUAG